UAUCGUUUGUGGAAGAGAGAACAGUGACGUAUCCAUCACGACUGGUCAAUAACUCGGAAGAAGAAGAAAGAAAGAAAAAUCUCAGAAAUUUGUAAAAUCUGAAACAACGUUUGGUUUGAUUCCGAGGACGAUCGGAACUACAAGAAGUUCACCAUGAAAUCCAUCUUCGUUCUUUUUCUCUUCUCAGCUCUCGUUUCUCUUUCGACCCAAUCCACCGAUUCGAAUGACCUAAAAGCGCCACCCUCCUCUGCCCACGCUCGCCUCGCCAAUUACGGGUUUCCGUUUGGCCUUCUGCCGUCCGCCGUCUCCAGCUACACCAUCAAUGAAACCUCUGGUGACUUCUCUUUGGACCUCGGCGACUCGUGCAAGUUCACGCUUCCACCGGACAACUACGUGGCUUCGUUUUCUAGGGUUGUCACUGGUAAGAUUGCAAAGGGUCGGAUCCACAAUCUCGACGGGAUUCGAGUUCGUGCUUUGUUCCAGUGGUGGUCGAUUACUGGUAUUAGGUCCACCGGCGAGGAUUUGGUCUUCGAGGUUGGGGUGAUCACCGCUAAGUAUCCGUCCAAGAGUUUCAACGAGAGCCCAGUGUGUGAAGGGCGUCGGUCUUCUUCGUAAGAGGGUAUUCAUUCACUUGAAGCAUAGAUGAACUUAGUGGAUAAUGCAUAUCAUAUUAUGUUGCCUCUUUAAACUGAAAUGUGAACCUACUAAUUAUUCUGGCUGUGUAUCUGCCUGUACUCUGUAUAUGUUAACUCUUGCUUCUUCUAGUUCUGGAUUGAUACUCUCUUUUGAUUAAUAAGGUUUGUUCAGUGCUUGAUAAUGAGCCGAUCAAUAUUCUAUCUC